AUGUCUUCAAGGGCAGCCGCAUCGAGAAAACGUAUCACCAAUAGUGAAGAAAAGGAAAAACGGCCAAGUUCAACGAAGAGUUUUUUUUCUCGCUCUAAAAACAAAAGUUCAGCCUCUCCCCCAUCACCCUUGAACUUUCCGCCUUCCGUACCACCAGCCCCAUUCUCUCAAGACGGUCGACAUGGUUCUCCGCAACGCAGUCCUUAUCACUCUGAAGUAGAACUAGUCACUCCCGACCGUCAUCACGCGAGGCGCAAUUCAGCAAACGCAGACAGGUUACGUGAUACUUCAUUCCAUAUCCCCAACUCUAACGGUGUGAGGAAAAUGUCAUCGGCUACAAUGGCUGUAUCAACACGAGGUUAUCCAUCUCCUCCCAUCGAAGAGUUCCAGGCGAUACGUCUUUCUCCGUACCAAUCUCACGAAGACGCGUACGGAAUUGGUCAACCUAAGGUUUCGUAUAUAGAAGCGUCUUAUCAACCUCCACCUCCAAUCCAGGCGUCCUACCAGCCUCCUCCACCUGUUCAGUCAACGCCAGUCAACGGGCAAAGAAACCUACCCAAUUUGCCUGGGAAGAACACGGCACACUUAUCCUCUUUUCGAUACCCUGAACCGCCUAGUUAUCCCCCAUCCGUACCAACAUCUACUAUCACUAUUCCUGUAUCUCCCGCUACGUCUCCAGGACCGUCUUCUGUAUCGCAUCCUGCACCAUCCUCCCGCAAUCAUUCCCCUACACCAACUCUUCCCACAUACUCUUCAUCACAACUUCCAUAUGGGUCAUCACACAUAAAUCGACCAAAUUUACAGGUCUCUAUUCACAAUUCGCCACUAUCGUCGAAUAUCCGUGAAGAAUAUGCUCAGUAUAACGAUGUUCACGCAUAUCCAUCUCCUCCUCCAUCUCAAUCUGCCAGGCUUGGUCCUUCUCCUGUGCACAUCCCGAUUUCGCUUCGCCCUGAAUCAACGACUUCAAGCAUUGAUAUGGAACGAAGACCAUGGAACCGCGGUACAGGGAGUUAUUCACCCAUAACAUCCCCACAACCCCAAGCUGGAAUGCAAGUUUUUCCACCUCAGUCGACUUUGUUAGCACCUUCUUCCCGUUUUGGACCUCCAUCUAUAUCGGGAUCCUCGGAUUCUUCGGGACAAUCUUCGAGUAAGAAGAGUACUGGAGCUCCACCUGGUGGAUUCGUUUUUCCAGGUUCACGUUCCACUGCGCGACCCAAAGUCUCAAAGAAGACAAAUAGCCCCGUUAUCAAAGUUAAGUCGAAAGGCAAGACACGCUCGCAGAAAGGCAGCGAUGGCGAAGCUCACUCUCCUCUUCCUGUUCCGGAUAUUCAUUCUCUUCCGCCGCCUCCUCCUUUACAAGAGCAAAGAACGAGCUCACCGGUGUCUCACCUAAGCGGGAAUACGAGGCCUGUGGUUAUGACUUGGCGUGAUGAUAGUGUAUUCGAAGCCUCUUCAUCUUUCAGUGACGAUUCUGACCAGCCUCGGCUUCGGAAAUCAACGAAGGGCUCCGAUACAAGCUCUAAUAGUGGAAAACCUGCUCCUAUCACCCAAACGGACGGUUCUCCAACGGCAUAUGUCUUUCCUGGGUCACGUUCUCGCGCUCACCCUUCGAAACCACCCAUUUCAGUUCGACGUUCGCGCAAAACUUCCAGCAAUACCGAUGAUGGCAGUGUGGCUGAACGUUCGAAGUUCAUGGGUAUCUUGUUGAAGAAGAAAAAGAAGAAAUAUAAAGAUGCUGAAUCGUCUAUCGGAACAAGCACAAUGUCCUCGGGUUCUGAGCUCGAUACGGAUUCCACGCGCAGUCCUCCAUCGUCCUCAUACAGUCAAAGUGUACACCAGGAACCACCACCGCCUGUAGAAGACUAUCAAGAAAACCUUCAUCAGGAUCAUAACAUGGAGCGAGCAGCUAGGAUCAAAUCCCGGAUUGGCCAGUAUCCUCUAGAUCCCUACGAUUCGGUGCUACUUGACAACGAUAGGCAUACAGGAGAACUUCUCAUGAGAUUAAAUCCAACAAACUCGCCCAGUUUUCAUAACUACGGAAAUAACCCUCCGACAUCUGUCCUUGAUCUGGGAUGCGGUCAAGGUCAUUGGGUCGUGGAUGCUGCUAUUGCGUGGAAAGGUUAUGGUACAAGGGUGACAGGCUACGACAUGGUGGACAUAUCGAGGGGACUCUUACCCUGGGCAGUUGAGCAAGGGGUAGCAGAUAACAUUCGUUUUGUCAGAGGAAAUUUCCUCAAACAAAGGCUGCCUUUCAACGACGAAUCCUUUGACUUGGUUAGGAUGUCAUGUCUUGCCCUCUGCAUCACGACAGACUCCUGGAUUUUCGUGCUGCAAGAAGUUUGCCGCGUUCUCAUGGUCGGCGGAAGGCUUGAGCUUAUUGACGACUUUAUUUUCUUUCCUUACGGCAAAGUCUCAUCACCCUUUGAUGGUCCCAACUUAGAGCCUGAAUCAGAUGUGAUAUCCGUUGCCCCCCGCUUGGAUAUCACUAUACCAUCGUCAUCAUUCACUACUUUUAGCAUAUACGAUGGCGAAACGACCAAUCCUGGCCUUGGUGCGCCCGCAGACGGACCUGAAGCCGAAGACUUCUAUGAACUUUAUGGGGUGGACGAAGAGGAAGAACUAGAUACUGAGGACGAUGCCGCAACAAUCAACGAGUUUAACGCGAACUCCGACCAGAGGAUAUCGCCCAAUCCUACGACCAACAAUCGAAGGCGAACUUUGGCGCGCGCAGGGCUCAGCUCUCCGCUUUGGGCUCGCGCUCAGGGCACUUCAUCUGACUUGGAGGCCUUAUUUGAACACAUGCUUCAACACAAGUUCGGCAUCAGCAAGGAUCCAAGCGAAUUCAUCAUGGAUCUUAUGAAAGAGGUCUUUGGCCAUGCACAAGAACUCAAAACAAUGCAUAUAACAUUAGCACCACCUGAAUUCGAAGGUGACGGCGCUCUUUCCGGGCAAUCUCGCCAGAAUGGUGGUUUCAACGGUGCAAAUGGGUUCACAAACCGCCGGUUCGGAAUGUCACAUACUUCACGUCGAGAGUCAAUGGCACUGCCGAAAACGCCUGGUCUUGUUUUAUUGCCUUCGACCUUUAUUCCGAUGGAGCAGUCUGAAAUCGAAAUCCACGCGUCAAAGCAUCUCCGCAUGCUGUUGUCCUGCAAGAACUAUUUGAUCGAACAUGCUGUUGAGGCAACUGAUGAUGAGGAGAUCGAUGAUGCCUCAGUUUUGGAAGCGCUCUGGGAAUAUGAAGGUUUCCUUCGACAUCGUUUCAACCCACCGCCGCCUUCGAGCCCAUCGCCGAAUAGUGAUCUAGGCUCUGACGCUGUCAGUGUGCGUGGAUCUAUAGCAGAAUCGGUUUGCUCGGAUAAUCGCGAAUACAUGUGGGAACUUCAAUCGGAGUUUGGUCAACGAUUUGCGUGGCAACGAUCUGGGUCAAGCGACCGCUCUUCAACUCCUGGAACACUGAAGGAGCGUGAAAAUACGCCUACUACGCCCACACUUCCUACUCCGCUCUCUCCCAAUGCGCCCUCGGUUUCGAGCUCGAAUGCCACCGCUGGCAGUGGGCUAAACAACGACGAAAAUCGGACAUUGUCCACUACGCCCACUGCUCCGAUGUACUCUCGGGAUGAGAUGACCCAUGUCCGAACUUUCCGCGUCUACGAAGCUAUCAAGAUCGACGAGAACCUUUUCGGCAGUGCAAUGUAA